AUGGACAAAGAACCAGAGCAACAGGGGAAUUACAACACAUUUUGGAAAAUAAUUUCUAUUGGACCAACUCCUCACUUCGCUGGAAGUAGUCGGAUCCAAGACUUAAUUUCAACACAAUGUUCGACUUAUUGCUUGAAGCUACCGCAGCAUAAAACUCGUCUUCGAAUGGAAAAUUUGACCAACUUCUAUGAGCGCCGCGAGGAGGGGGCACCCGGGGACCCGGAGGCCGCCCUGGAGGACAACUUGGCCAGGAUCCGCGAAAACCACGAGCGGGCUCUCAGGGAAGCCAAGGAGACCCUGCAGAAGCUGCCCGAGGAGAUCCAAAGAGACAUCCUACUGGAGAAGAAGAAGGUGGCCCAGGACCAGCUGCGUGACAAGGCGCCGUUCAGAGGCCUGCCCCCGGUGGACUUCGUGCCUCCCAUCGGCGUGGAGAGCCGGGAGCCCGCCGACGCCGCCAUCCGCGAGAAAAGGGCAAAGAUCAAAGAGAUGAUGAAACAUGCUUGGAAUAAUUAUAAAGGUUAUGCCUGGGGAUUAAAUGAACUGAAACCUAUAUCAAAAGGAGGCCAUUCAAGCAGUUUAUUUGGUAAUAUCAAAGGAGCAACUAUAGUAGAUGCCCUGGAUACACUUUUUAUUAUGGAAAUGAAAAAUGAAUUUGAAGAAGCAAAAUCAUGGGUUGAAGAAAAUUUAGAUUUUAAUGUGAAUGCUGAAAUUUCUGUCUUUGAAGUAAAUAUACGCUUUGUUGGUGGACUACUCUCAGCCUACUAUCUGUCUGGAGAAGAGAUUUUUCGAAAGAAAGCAGUGGAACUUGGGGUAAAAUUACUACCUGCAUUUCAUACUCCCUCUGGAAUACCUUGGGCAUUGCUGAAUAUGAAAAGUGGUAUUGGAAGGAACUGGCCCUGGGCCUCUGGAGGCAGCAGUAUUCUGGCAGAAUUUGGAACCCUGCAUUUGGAGUUCAUGCACUUGAGCCACUUAUCAGGAAACCCCAUCUUUGCUGAAAAGGUAAUGAAUAUUCGAACAGUACUGAACAAACUGGAAAAACCACAAGGCCUUUAUCCUAACUAUCUGAAUCCCAGUAGUGGACAGUGGGGUCAACAUCAUGUAUCAGUUGGAGGUCUUGGAGACAGCUUCUAUGAAUAUUUGCUGAAGGCCUGGUUAAUGUCUGACAAGACAGAUCUGGAAGCUAAGAAGAUGUAUUUUGAUGCUGUUCAGGCCAUUGAGACUCAUUUGAUCCGCAAGUCUAGCAGCGGACUAACUUACAUCGCGGAGUGGAAAGGGGGCCUCUUGGAGCACAAGAUGGGCCACCUGACCUGCUUUGCAGGAGGCAUGUUCGCACUCGGGGCUGAUGGAGCUCCCGAAGGCAUGGCCCAACACUACCUUGAACUCGGGGCUGAAAUUGCCCGUACCUGUCAUGAAUCAUAUAAUCGAACAUUUAUGAAACUGGGACCAGAAGCUUUCAGAUUUGAUGGUGGUGUUGAAGCCAUUGCUACAAGACAAAAUGAAAAAUACUACAUCUUACGGCCAGAAGUUAUGGAGACUUACAUGUAUAUGUGGAGACUGACUCAUGAUCCAAAGUACAGGAAAUGGGCCUGGGAAGCUGUAGAGGCCUUGGAAAACCAUUGCAGAGUGAAUGGAGGCUAUUCAGGCCUAAGGGAUGUUUACCUUCUUCAUGAGAGUUACGAUGAUGUGCAGCAGAGUUUCUUCCUGGCAGAGACAUUGAAAUAUUUGUACCUAAUAUUUUCUGACGAUGAUCUUCUUCCACUGGAGCAUUGGAUCUUCAAUAGCGAGGCACAUCUUCUCCCUAUCCUCCGUAAAGAAAAAAAGGAAGUUGAAAUCAGAGAGGAAUAAAAAGACAUUUUGUAUUUUACUCUGCUCCAUUCCCUUCACUGCAUACCUUAAUAAUUCCUUUCCUGGUAAUCAGGCACAUGAUGAACUUUGAUUUGUAGGUCUGUGAUUAAGGUCUUAAAAUUGUUUUGCAGUCUUUUAUGUUUAUUAUCAUAAGUAUAGGUGGACCUAAAUUCCUUAUCGUAUCCUUUAUUAUUCAGCCAGUGUAUCCACCAGUUUUUUGUUUGUUUUUAAGUAACCUAUUAUCUCUGGAGUUCAUGAAGGUGUAAUACCAUUUUUAUUAAACUGAGUAGAAUGGUAUAGCAAUGACCUCUUAAUUACAAUUUGAUUUGACUGCAAAACUUUUUCCUCCUCUAAGAGGAGAUGAUGUCUGCUUUAAGCUGUAAUGUUUUGCCAUGUUGCAAAAAGCCAUAAUAAUAAGUAUAAAAAAGCUUUUUCCUUUUCAAUUUCAUGUUAAUCUGGUUUGUCUGUCCACCAGAGACAGAUCUUCUAACUGUGACAGCCUCUUUAUGCAGGUCUAUCAUUAUUUGAUAGAAUGUCUUCUAAAAUACUUCACUCACAUUAUAAUUCAAAUUAGAAAGUCAUUCCAAAAGGAUCAUCUCAUGUUGACCUCAUUUCAUCGGAACUGCAGUGUAUUUUUGUUGGUUAAUUAUAUUAGUGUUUUCUAUUUUGUAAAUGUGUCCUUUAAUUUUACUUUACUGCCCUGUGUCAAUUCUGAAUUAUAUACUGGUUAAUUUCUUCCAUUCCCUACUACACAGAGAGGUGAGCUCUCAAAUUUUGCAGAGCUCUGCUAUCACUGAAUUACAUUUUUCUAAAGAAAAUAGUAUAAUUUAAUGGAUUAGCUUUUGUGUUUAACUGAAUAUAUGAAGAAAUUGGGUCUCUCUAAAGAGAGGG